GUAGGCACCACCUACAGAAUCCACCAACUUUAAAACUCAGCUGAGAAAAGUCACUACUCUCCAUAUUUCAUCCAGUUUUUCAGAGUCAAAGCAGAGAUUUUGAGAGUUAGGGUUGGGGUUUUAAUUGCAGAAGUCUCAAAAUGGAAGAAAUCACUCAAGGUGUCAACAACAUGAAUUUGACCGCCGAUUCCAACAAGAAGAACCGGGUUCAAGUCUCCAAUACCAAAAAGCCCUUGUUUUUCUACGUCAAUCUAGCCAAGAUGUAUAUUCAACAUCACAAUGAAGUGGAGCUAUCUGCCCUUGGCAUGGCUAUUGCAACUGUUGUUACAAUUGCUGAAAUCCUGAAAAACAAUGGUUUGGCUGUCGAGAAGAAGAUCACAACCUCAACGGUUGACAUGAAGGAGGACUGGAGAGGACGGCCUGUCCAAAAAGCAAAGAUCGAGAUAUUGUUGGGGAAGACGGAGAACUUUGAUGAAUUAAUGGCAGCUUCUGCUGAAGAAAGGGAUGUUGUGGAUGGGGAGUGCAGGGUUGAAGUUGUUUGUUAUUUGCUGGUGGUCUGUUCUUAUAGCCACUGCAUGGUUAAGGCGAAUUUGGUUUCUUAUACAUGUUAGGUGUUGAGUUUUAUUGGUUGUGGUAGGAUGAUCAUUACUUUUUUAUAAUGUUUCUUUUCAAUAUUCAAUUUGGU